AGAUUUCCUUACUCAUCUCACUUAAGUCCUUCGCUCUCUCUCUCUCACAACUCACUCACAAGUCAGUUCUGUUCACAAGAGAAAUUAAGAGCCAUGUCCAGAGCUUCUCGACUUCCAUCUCUUCUCCUUCUCCUAAUCCUCUUCUUCACUCUCUCAUCUUUCUCGAACCCAUCAAGAGCAGCCACAGACACCUUCAUCUUCGGUGGUUGUUCUCAGCUCAGGUUCGCUCCAGGCUCAGCUUACGAGUCAAAUCUCAACUCGCUCCUCACCUCGUUCGUCAACUCAGCCACCUAUUCCUCCUUCAACAAAUUCACCAUCUACGGUUCCAGCUCACAAGAUGUCGUCUACGGACUCUAUCAAUGCCGAGGAGACCUCUCCAUGCCCGACUGCUCCAGCUGUGUCGCACACGGGGUGAGUCAAAUCGGCAUACUCUGCUCCAGCUGCACGGGUGGCGCGUUACAGUUGCAGGGCUGCUUCAUCAAGUACGACAACACUUCCUUCUUAGGAGUGGAAGACAAGACUGUGGUUUUGAAGAAGUGUGGACCACCGGUCGGUUAUGACUCGGACCUGUUGAGCCGGAGUGAUGCGGUUUUGAAUGGUCUGACCAAUAAUGGAGGUGGGCUUUUCCGGGUGGGUGGGUCUGGGGAAGUGCAAGGUAUGGCUCAGUGUGUCGGUGAUCUGAGUACCGGCGCCUGUCAGGAUUGUGUGUCGUCGGCGAUCGAACGGCUUAGGAGCGACUGUGGUGCUGCGGCGUAUGGUGAUAUGUUCUUGGCCAAGUGUUACGUGAGGUAUUCUACCAGUGGGGAUUAUUCCAAAGCGAGUAGGGAUUCUUCUCAAGGAGAUGAUACUUCAAAGAAUCUUGCAAUUAUAAUUGGAAUUUUAGCUGCGGUUGCUCUGAUCAUUAUUUUCGUUUCUUUCAUUAGCAGAGCCAUGGAAAGGAAUAAAGGUGGAGGUAAAUAAUUAUAGAGUGGUAAAGCUCCGGGAGAAGCCCACCACCCCUAAUAUUAUCUCCGGGAACUUGCUUUCGGUGGUUCUUUUAUUGCUUCACUUUUGUUCCCUGUUUUCUACUUUUCUUUCUCUUUAUCUUUUUGAAAUUUCUUUUAUGUUUCUUCUAAAAGGAAACUAAGAAAGUGAAGCAAGGAAGGAUGAGUGGAGACAACUCCCUUGGUACAAGUGAAAGUUGAGGAAGGGGAGCCCUAAGAUUCCACACUCCCAACCCACUUAACAAAGUUAUGUCCUGCAAUAACUUUGUCUAUAAAGAAAUUUCAAAUUCUUUUGUGAAGUUGUAGAUUAUAUAAUUCCCCCCCCCCCCCCCCUGUCUGUGUAACUUGGGUUAUUUGAAGGUAUACUACUAGCCUUCAAAAUAUUAUUAUUUGUUUGUUCUUGUAAGAAUGAUUAAACCUACUUGUUCUUCAAAUUUCAUUGUCAAUAAUUCAAUGUGAUUCAAUCU